AUGGCAUCAAGAAACGACUGCAGGAGCAAAAAUGCACCCGUGGUGGUGGACUUUACGUCCUUUCCGAGACUCCCAGCGGAGCUUAGGGUCCAGGUCUGGCGCCAGACAUUUAAUUCGCGGGUACUAGAGCUUCACUACGGGGGUGAGCCGUGGAACCACUUCCUGGCAGCUGAGGCGCAGUGGUAUUCGAGCUGCGGUAACCCGGUCGCCCUCUCCGUCUCGACCGAGUCACGGCGGGAGGCCCUGUCCUUCUAUACCGUCGCCUUGCCGCUAGGUGGCCACCGGAACUCCACCCGACGUUUGUUCAUUAACCCGGCCAUCGACACACUGGUCCUCCUCGGUGCUGAUGUGGCUUAUGGACACUUGAUGCGUCUCUUUUCUGACGUGAUGGCCAUGGACCCAGCGGGCCGCGGCCUUCGGCGUCUGGGCCUAACCAUAACCGCAUGGAAUCGUGGCUGGGCAUCUGCCGUUCGGCAGCAAUGGUGCAAGGCCCCCUUUGGCGAUCUUGACGAAUUUCUAGUCCUUAUAUACGGAGAGAGUCGUCCGCCUGUCAAAUUUCAGGGUGGAGAAUGUGCACUAAAGCAUUGCGCCGGCAUGAAACUGUUCUUGGACUGUACGGCAGGGGCAGGUUCUACGCCACAAGACGGACUCUCUUGCGAGGGAUGCAAUAAAACUCGGAAACACAUUGUCUACGUAGAUUUCAUACGUAAUAGUUGGACUCACUAA